UCCCGCAGCGCUAGCCGGCAGUAUUUCCAAGGCGCAAGUUGCGGAGUUUCUGUUUCCUUUUUCCUCUGGCGAGCUUUGCGUUCCCUGUGCGCCGGAAGUGAUCCCCUGCGUGGCUGGGCUGCUCGGGUUAGAUCGUCAGGAAAAGCCUAAAGAUUAGACUGUAAGAAAAGAAAAUAGAAGCCAUGUUUCGAAGACCUGUAUUACAGGUACUUCGUCAGUUUGUAAGACAUGAGUCCGAAACAACUACCAGUUUGGUUCUUGAAAGAUCCCUGAAUCGUGUGCACUUACUUGGGCGAGUGGGUCAGGACCCUGUCUUGAGACAGGUGGAAGGAAAAAAUCCAGUCACAAUAUUUUCUCUAGCAACUAACGAGAUGUGGCGAUCAGGGGACAGUGAAGUUUACCAACUGGGUGAUGUCAGUCAAAAGACAACAUGGCACAGAAUAUCAGUAUUCCGGCCAGGCCUCAGAGACGUGGCAUAUCAAUAUGUGAAAAAGGGGUCUCGAAUUUAUUUGGAAGGGAAAAUAGACUAUGGUGAAUACAUGGAUAAAAAUAAUGUGAGGCGACAAGCAACAACAAUCAUAGCUGGUAAGAAGCUUGUGAAAAUAGCUGUUUUUUCUUUUUCUCCUUUUCUUUUUUAAAAGCUUGGCUACACUGUACCUAACUAGGGUUAAGAGUACCAGUACUUAUGAGGUAAGGCAACUCACUAGAAGAUGUCCAUAACUCUUAUUUCUCUACUUGCUAAGAGUUUGUACAUUUAUCCCUUCCUUUAAAAAAUUAUUUUUAUACUUACAGUUUUAGUCACAAGUAACUUUUGAAUAAAGCCUAAAACUGAAUUAUCCAUCCCAGUACUUAUUGUUGAGAAUUACAAAAACUCUGAAUGUAUUGUCUUUUGGAAAGAUCUAGCCCUAACCAGGAAGAAGCGUAUGCCAAGAUAAGAAUUACACUAAUGUGAGUGUGCAGAUGUAUUCAGAACCUCUUUGGUACUUAGUAUGUGAAAUUUCUAUUUGAAAUUAAGAUUUUUUUAAUUUUAUUUUUUUGAGCCAGAAUCUCACUCUGUCACCCAGGCUGGAGUGCAAUGGCACAAUCUCGGCUCAUUGCAACCUCUGUCUCCUGGAUUCAAGUGAUUCUCCUGCCUCAACCUCCUGAGUAGCUAGGAUUAUAGGUGCGUGCCACACCACCUGGCUAAUUUUUGUAAUUUUCGUAGAGGCGGGGUUUCACCAUGUUGGUCAGGCUGGUCUUGAACUCCUGACCUCAGGUGAUCCAUCCGCCUCGGCCUCCCAAAGUUGUGAGAUUACAGGCAUGAGCCACUGUGCCCAGCCAAGAAGUUUUUAAUUUUCUCUUUUUUUGUUUUUGUUUUGAGACAGGGUCUCCCUCUGUCAACCAGGCUGGAGUGCAAUGGCGUGAUCACAGCUUACUGCAGCCUCUACCUCCCCAGGCUCAGGUGGUCUUCCCACCUCAGCCUUCUCCCAAGUAGCUGGGACAACAGGUGUACACCAUCAUGCCUGGCUAAUUUGUCAAUUUUUUUGUAGAGAUGAGGUUUCACCAUGUUGCCCAGGCUGAUCUCAAACUGCUGGGCUCAAGUGAUCCUCCCACCUUAGCCUCCCCAAAUACUGGAAUUACAGGCAUGAGCCAUUAUGCCUGGCCUAAUAUUCUCUUUAAACAAAAUACAGUACAACAUAGAAAAGAUGUACAUGUAAAGGUUAAAGAAGAUUAAGAAGAUAUCCCUUAGGAAAGAGUUUUUAAACUUUUGAAAAUGCUAUAAGAAUUUUGAAAAUAAUAUACCCCUCUGGAUGUCUGCAAGCGACAUUAAGCAAUUUUUUUCAAUACAAAAUUGUGUUAUUUUUAAAUGUAUCAAUGGAAUCUAAAUAGCAUAGCAAUGUGAUACCUACUAUCCUGUAAAAAAAUACCAGUUCAGUAUUUGGAAAUUUUACAUUAUUCUUUUUUCUUUGAACUUGUUUUACUGUUUUUAUUUUCCCCUCAGAAGUGUAUCUUAAUAGUAUAUGGUAUAGUUAAGAAUUUUUUAUUACCCUGUUUGUAACAAAAAUGCAUGCAUAAAAGAAACUUUAAAAUAUUUAAAAGAAUUCUGUGACAAAUUCUCCUCAAUUGACUUAUCAUUAAAGUUGUUUUUAGUAACUAAUUGACCAAAACAAUUUUAAUGUAUUUAAAUUAUAUUGGAAAUAUGUCUUUAAAUGAGAUAGAUGGUGCUUUUUUCACUUCUUGAGUAAAUUGCUAAAAUUAGACAUUGUGAACUUUGUGCUUUUGUUUGCUUUUAUGGACAUAAAUACUAAGAAAGCUUUUUAAAAUAAAUACAUGGCAAUAAACUAAAUUUUACUAUA